AUGCUGAAAUUUACUGCACUUCCUGCUCCCUUGGUCGUUGACUUAGAGAAGUCAGUCUCUAAGAUAGUCGACGAACCAAGAAGCUUCCCAUGCAGACGGUGUCUAAAAGACGGUCUGCCAGGCGAGGAGAUGCUCCUCGUUCCCUAUGAUCCUUUCCCUGCGGCAUCGCCGUACACUGGGCCUGGUCCGAUAUUCGUCCACCGUAAGGAUUGCGUGCGGUAUCAGUGCGACGGAUCAGUGCCUGACCAGCAGCGCCGACGCUUGCUCUCUGUACGUGCCUACGACGCGAACCAGAUGAUGACUGGGUGUGCGGUGGUGGAAGGCAAAGACCUGGCAGAAAAGGCGAAGUCGUUCUUUGCGGACGCAAAAGUUGAUUAUAUCCAUGUUCAUAAUGCGAGCCCAGGGUGUUUUGCAGUGCGAGUUGACAGGGCUUGA